UAAAUAUGAUGAAGUGAACAAAUCUUCACAAAUACCGUGAUAAACUCCAACCAUUUAAAGUCACGUGGAAAGACGCCAUUUUAAGUCACGUGACAGGACGCCAUUUUGUAUUUGCGGUUUCACUAGAAACAUAUGUGAAGAGUGAUCAAGGCGACUAGAAAAAAACAGUGAUAAUUAUCAGAUAAUUGAGGAGAGGUCUUAUCUGUGAUGGCACUCAUAUGUAUGAGUCCAGCCAGAUCUCCGUCUCCGAUUGAUUCAGCGCACAUAACUCAGCUGGCCCAAGAUAGUGUUAAAAUGAUCGAAUCAGCUGAUACCAUGACAUCUGCCAACCAGUCGAUAAAAUCAGCUGAUCAAAAUAAGAAAUCUAGCGGCCAUCGACGUCCAUCCAAGAGAGAGAAGCACAGAAAACAUCAUCAUACAAGGCUGCGUAGUGAGGAUGACCAAGAAGAAGACUGUGAUUCUGGUUGUGAAUGUGGUGGAACAGAAGUUGAGGAAGUUCCAGGUCCAGACAGAUGGAGCCGAACCAUGACAGCGGUCAGAGUACUUACCAGGUUUAAGAAAAAACACAGGAGUAAGAAGGAGAAACAGGAAAAUUUACUGAAGGAGAAGAGAAGAAACGUGUGGAGACGGAUUGGAUUUAAACUCAGGUUUCAUUUAAUUAAAACUUGUCCAGGCAAAAGAAAGAAGGGGGGGGGGAUAAGAUAA